AUGACACCACCACCACCACCACCACCACCAAUCGAAGACCACCCCGACAAUGUCGGCACCUCUGCGGCUCCGGCCAGCAGCGAGGCUUCGGCCUCAAAUACUAACCACCACCACCACGCCGCGGCCAGAACCGGCCACCAAGAACAGAAGGCUAACGCCUUCACCACAGACAACCGCGCACCAUCCUCUGGUGCUUUUGGGGACGAUUACAUCCCGUUCCCAAGCGAUGACGACGGCAACGACGGCAACGACGGCAACGACGGCAACGACUGGAAUGCCGUUGAGGCGUCCCAGGGACGCUCCAUCAGUCAUGCCGGUAAGUGUACUCAAGGGACGAAGACGCCAUGGAUAAAGGGGGCGUGAGAUGUGGGAGUGAGUGGUGUGGAGGAUGAUCACGGGUGGAUGAUGAUGGCGGAGGAGGAGAGGGGUAUAAAUUCUUGUAUAAUAAUUCAUGGCAAUGUAUAGUACUACUACUCGAGACAAAAAUAGAAC